AAUUACCACUAAUAUUGAAUUCAGUCUGUACAAUGAUAAUCAAGAACAAUUGUAUCCAUUUAAUUAUAGACUUUGAUUAUUUUGGGUAAUUCAAUUAUUACUUGGCCAGCUCAUCAUUUUAAUUGACAAUAGAAUGAGUUAAUCAACUUUGUUUAAUUAUUUCAAAGAGAGUAAAAGUUAAAAUACCCGCCAAAAUGAUUUUCUUCACCAGCCUUAAACUGGUUCUCUGGUUACUACGCUUUGUUUGCUCUUGUUUUGCUAACAGAGUUAUCAUUUUUCAUAACAUAACAUCUAUGAAAAUUAUUUAGUUUAUUGAUUCACCAUCAAUCUGUAUUCAUUUAUAUUUAAUUUAUCUGGUUUUAGGUUUGUAAAGUGUUUUUGCGAUGAUAAUUUUAUUUUCAUCAUGCUAAUAACCCAUUUUUAUUAUCAACUAAAACUUAUCACCUCUUGUUGACCAAAGUUUUUUGACAUCUAACAUCCAUCCAUUAGUGUUAGUGACCUUAAACUAUUUAUCUUCAUCGUUGUGCCGAUUCGAGAGAUUAUUGUGGUGUUUUCAUUGAAAUGGAAUUGAUUAAACACUUUAAAGAUAAGAUUAAACAACAGAACCUGAGGAUGGAAUUAACAACAACUAUUAAAUACUUUGCGCUGCUGUUAAUUUGUUUUUUUCAUUUUGCGAUUUCAAGUCGUUCGGUUUCAACUUGUCCACGUCCUUGGUAUACACUUGGAAAAUCUUGCUAUCUUUUUACACGCUCACCGAAGUUAACAUGGCUCGAAGCAAAUCAAUUUUGUGAAAAUUUUGGUGCAAACUUGGUAUCAGUUCAUACCAUUAGUGAACAUUAUCUCAUCGUUGAGGUAUUGAAGGACAUCGACCCUGUUCAUGAAAAAUGGUUUACCUCAGGCAGUCAAACUUAUAAACCGGGAGUUUUCACUUGGAAAGAUGGAUCAAAUAUAUUCAAUGAAAGACCAAUAACUCUCGAUACUAAACUUAUUACUGAUUCAGGAUUAUAUGUUGCUUACAACUUUUCUAGACCUGAAAACCGAUGGGGCUUGACCACAAUUAGAGAGCUUGAAAAGGCUGCUUACAUUUGUGAAAUUAGCAAAAAAUCAGCCUAUUUAGUCAAAUUGAAAGACAUUCAAAUUGAUUUUGGUGUUGAUGAAACUGACCCAGGCAAGAUUCCUAGAGGUCCAAGGUUUACUGAAGAACCACAAUCUCAAAUUUUUGAUCUCAAUGGUCGGGACCAUCUUAAUUACGUUACUUUAAGAUGUGCGGCUGAUGCUUAUCCAACAGCAAAUUAUGAAUGGUUCAAGGAGAACUACAAUAAGACUGAAAUUGUUUCUGAAUUGGUUAAUCCAUUGUCUGAUCCAAGAUACACACAAAUUGAUGGGACAUUAAUUAUUCAUAAUCCAAAGAAAGAGAUCGAUCGUGGAAAAUAUCAUUGCAAGGUUAGCAACCAAUUUGGAAGCAUUAUUAGUGAAACAGUGCAAGUUAGCUUUGGGUAUAUUGGCCAGUUUCAACUGACAAGGUCUAACGAUUUCGCCAAUACAAAUUGGGGUAAAUCAUUGAGUUGUGAUCCACCACAACAUCACCCAAGAGGAAUGUUUUAUUGGACAAAGAAUGUUUUCCCUAACAUUAUUGGAGAAGAUAGACGAAUCUUUGUAUCCAGUGAUGGUAACCUUUACUUUUCUUCAGUUGAAGAAGUCGAUAGUGCCAACUAUUCUUGUAAUGUUCAAAGUGCCAUUUCAUCCACUGGCCGAACUGGUCCGUCAUUUUACCUCAGAGUUGACCCGACUCCUAACAGUCAAAAGCUUCAAUUUCCUGUUGGUUUUCCUAAAAUUUUCCCUGAAGCUCCAUUAGCAGGUCAACGAGUAUCCCUUGAAUGUGUUGCUUAUGGCUAUCCCGUUCCAUCAUACAACUGGAGUCGAGUCGGUGUUACUGAACAGUUGCCUGAUGGUGCUUCACUCACAAGUCACAAUCGUUUAUUGAUCAUACCUAAAGUAAAGGUUCAAGAUUCAGGGGAAUAUCGCUGUACAGCCAAAAGUGGAGGUAGUAUGAUCCAGGCUUCAGCAUUUCUCAGAGUCCAAUCACUGCCAGUGUUUCUUCAAGGACUCAGAGAUAAAGUUGUUGACGUUGGAGCCAAUCUAGUCUGGACCUGUGAUGCUUUUGGAAUACCAGAAGUUAAAUAUAAUUGGUACAAAAAUGGAGUUGAACUUCGAGCCAAUACUAUCCCACCUGAAGAUUACCAAAGAAUUAAAAUUGAAAAUAAUGUUCUCACAAUCGAAGCUGCCAAUCCUAAUAGAGAUGCUGGAAUGUAUCAAUGUCGUGCCUACAAUGAAUUGGGUAAUGCAUUUAGUUCAGCUCAAUUAAAGAUUUCUGGUAUAAAACCAACAUUUCGACGGUACCCAUUAACAGACAUGUAUGCUGCUGUUGGCUCAAAAUUUUCAAUCACUUGCCUACCCGAAGCUUUACCAGCCCCUUCUUAUCAAUGGUUAUUUAAUGAUUCGCCAUAUCGAUCUAACUCUGAAAUAUUAACUUUCAACCAAAUUCGUAAAGAGGAUGAAGGCUGGUAUAUUUGUGCCGUUCGAAAUAAAUAUGGUCGAGAUCAAACAAAAGGCUAUCUAACUGUGUUCGAAAACCCGUCAUUUGCAGAAUAUCCAAGGCCAAAACUUGUUGCCAUAGUAAAUGAUACAGUUCAACUGCCAUGUGAUGCUAAUUCUGAUUCAAAACUUGAUAUUGCUUUCAUUUGGUUACAUAAUGAUAUUAAAAUAAAUCAAUAUAACUCAUGGAAAUUUUCAAUCGGUAAUAAACCUGGUUAUCUCAAGAUCCGAGGAAUCACUUUUGCAGAAGCUGGAAAUUACACUUGUUUAGUAAAAUCAGCAGUUGAUACAAUUGCUUAUUCAACUGAGUUAAUUGUUGACGGACCACCAAAUGCUCCAGGUGGUGUUUUAGCUGAUAUUUUGAAUGCAACCUCUGCCUUGCUUCACUGGAGUGAUGGUGCUUCUAAUGGAAGAAGAAUACUCUCUUACAAAAUUGAAGGUAGAACUAAUCACAAUUCAAGUUGGAUUGUAUUAGCUGAUGAUAUCUCAGCCACUUAUGUUGACCGUGAUAAUCACAGGAGCAAUGCUCGAGUUUACAAUUUAUCUCCUUGGAGUGUUUACGAGUUUAGAGUGUCUGCUUUGAAUGAACUUGGGUCAGGAUUACCAUCAGAUGCCAGUCCACAAUAUAAAACGGGAGAAAGUCGGCCCUUAAGAGCACCAGCAAAUGUUGGUGGAGGAGGAGGUAAAGCAGGUACUUUGACAAUAACUUGGGAUCCAUUACCUCCACAAGAUUGGAAUUCACCUUCUAUUUGGUACAAAAUUUACUGGAAACUACCAAAUGAUUAUGAGUAUCAAACUAAAGAGCUGAAUCAAAGUCAAGUUGGAAUGUAUGUGAUAGAUGUUGGGGAAAAUAAUUAUUACGAAAAAUAUCUGGUCAAAGUACAAGCAAUCAACAGAAUGGGAGAAGGUCCAGUUAGUGAACCAAAAGAAGUCUAUUCAGCUGAAAGUAUGCCUCAAGUUCAACCAAGUUUAGUUACAGCUUUCCCCUUCAAUUCAACUUCACUCAAUGUUUCAUGGGCUCCUCUCGAGCUUACUCGAGAAAAGAUUCGUGGCAAAUUGAUUGGUCAUCGAAUCAAGUACUGGAGAACAGGGCAAGAUCCUCAAACAGAUGCUCUCACAUUACUUAAUCGUGGUACUCAUAACCAUGGACUGAUCGUUGCUCUUUCGCCUCAAACAGAAUACAGUGUUUCUGUUAUGGCCUACAAUGAAGCUGGAUCUGGACCUGAAAGUGAACCUGCAAUCGCUCGAACAUUCAAAGCAGCCCCUCAAAGAGCACCAACUAAUGUAAAAGUUAAAGCAAUUGACUCAGGUUAUGUUCAAGUUACUUGGCGUGGUGUAGAUGCAUCAUCAGAUGAGGAGCCGAUUAAUGGUUAUAAAGUUCGCUACUGGGAAAGUGAUCAAAAGAUCCAAUCAGCUAAAGAAGUUUACAAGUUCCUCGAAGAUCUGAGUGAAGAUUUAAACGUCAUAAUUUCUGGCUUGAUUCCUGGUAAAACUUAUAAACUUCGUGUUCUCGCUUAUAGUUCUGGUGGUGAUGGUAAAAUGUCUUCACCUGCUAUCGAAUUCAAAAUAGGAGGAUAAAUUGAUGAAAAUUGCCGUCCAAAGGAUUUACCUACUCAGCUUAAAUCGUCAUUAAAAUUGAAUUUAUAAUUUAAAUCGAAAUCAUUUGUAUUUUUACUCGUUUGCACCAAACUUUUGACUCACAAUUGCCUCUCUAAACGUUUUUAUCACAUUUUCUUUCUCUUUGUUGAUUUAAGUGAUGAAAAAAUGCCAUGACCACUAAUUGACAAUUAAGAAAUUAUAAUUAAAGCUUAUCGCAAUGUA